AUGGGGAGUCGUAAUAGAGUUUGUCCAAUACAAAACGAUGAGAAAACUGAAAAUGAAGAAGGUAGCCUGCAAGAAACAUUUCCUGUUUCAAAUGGUUUGGCAAACAGUUUUGCUUCACACUUCUCUGCCGUGGAGUUUUGUGGUCAAAUUGCAAGACUCGAUUCAUCCCUGAGUCACGACCAAAAUGCUUUAGCGGAGGCAAGUACAUGUGAAACUCAGUCUCGACCUCCCUCCAGAGUUUCUCCAAUGGAAGACGAAGCAAAACGGGAAAAUGAGCAAAAUAGCUCGCAAGAAGCUGCCCAUCAUGUUUCGAAUAGUUCGGCGAAUGGCUUUACUUCUCAAGUCUCAGCCGUAGAGUUUCGUGGUCAAAUUGUAAGACUUAAUUCUUCGGUGAGUAAAAGCGCUUUAACAGUGCAAAGUGAUCUCCCUGCUCGUCCUCCUUCAUCACCGAGUUCCUACACGAAGAGAAGGAAUAGUGAUUAUGUUUAUGUUGAGAAAAUGCUGAAAGAGAUAAACGCAUCUGCAGGCGUUGAUUCGUCUUCAAGAAGUAGAAAGGAGAGUGUCCCUGCCUAUGAGCCCAUUUUGGAAUUUGCGGUCGAUGGGACUGCAGAACAGAACGAAGAGGACGGCAAGGGACAAGAACCGAGCGAGAGUGGAGAGGAAAGCAUUGGAAGGACAAAAAAUGAACCAUGUUUAUCUAAAGCAGAAGAGCCGAAUCAAGCUCUACUGAAAUAUUUCGUCACGCUAUCAAGCUCGAGCGAUUGCGAUGAUUCGCUGGAUUUAGGACACAUUCAAUCGCUGUUACUUGAAGGAGCCUGUGUCAAUACUUGUGAUCGCUUUAGUCAAACGUUACUCCAUGAAGUGUCCAGGAACUGGGGCACAGAUGUAGCGCAGUUUUUCAUCGAUAAAGGUAUGUCACACCUACAAUAAAACCAAAUGAUUGAAACUAAUUUGAAAAGAAUUGUAUCAAGAAUAGAUAGGCAGGGGAAAAAAAGAAAAAAAAGGAAAAAAGAACUAUUAUCAAUUAAUAUUCUCCACUCGAUUCCUGUAAUUAUACUUGGCAGUAUUUGAUGAUUUCAUUGUACAUAAAUAUUUUUUACACCUCUGUGUUUUAUGUGGACAUAACCUUGCUGAUGUCCUUAAACCAUACCAUGAACUUCGGUAUUCAAAUGCCGUAAAACCUCUGAUUAACUCAUUUACCCCAUACGACCGGAAUGUGAGAACCCUCAUUAGUUUUAAAUUGUAGUUGAAACUUUUUCAGCGUAGAACAUAUCCUAAUAACUUACCAGCUCCCGCAGGGUAUCAAAAGCUAUUUGGUUGUUCUCUUACAAAAGAUUCGACUGUAAAAGCGAUCUUAAGAUGCUUAUCUCAUAAUUACCAGUAUCUUUAUCUUGAUAAGGUAUACCUUCUACUCCAUCUAUUCAUCUAGUUUUGAAAAUCUAGUUUCCUUUUUAGAACUCGUCAGAUGGUUGCCUUCUUUUAGUCUUUUUCGCUCCUUAGUCACUUCUAUACAAAUGUGAUUAAAUUAUCUUUUCAUUUUUUACGGGAACAAAAAAUUAAUUGUUCUAAUGGCAUUUGUUUUUCAGGCGCAGACGUCAACAGUGCCGAUGAUUUUGGACGGACUCCUUUACAUGUGGCAGCUUCGGCUGAUUAUUCCGAGAUGGUCAGAUUUCUUAUCGAAAAUGGUGCAGAUAUUGACUUGACAACCAAUGGAGAGAAACAAACUCCUCUUCAUUUUGCGGCCAAAAAUGAAGCACCACAAAGUGUUAAAAUUCUUUUGGCUUACGGUGCGGAGUUGGAGGUUAGAGACUACAAACAACGCACCCCAUUGCAGGUAGGGUCAUUCUUACUUUAUGCAGUUUUGCUGUUUUAUCAUUUUCUCUUUUGUUUCGCUUUGUUUUUUUUAUUUUAGUUUUUCUUUCUUUUCUUUUCUCCUUCGUUUUCAGUUCGAUUGUUUGUCUGAGAUUUGAGUUCGUCUUAAGUUCAGUUCGUCUUUAUUUAUUGAUCACCAGACGGACUCAUUAACCUCCAUGAGAGGUUGAAAAAAAGAUAUGAUUGCGAUAUGCUUUGUCCUUUAAAGCCAGCUUACGGAUGGGUAUUAAACAUAUUUAGAUACAGAGGGUGGCAACAAAGCCAUUCCCCGGCCAUUUCUGCAAUUUUUAGUUGUUGUUGUACAUUUUCCUCCUAGCCACUGGAAACUUAGAAGUGUUGAGGGGUUUUUUUUUAUGUCUUUUGGUCAAGGAACGGGGUACACUUAAGCUCAAUGAUUUCACCCCCGCUGUCCUGAUUCAAAUUCUCUGGGUCUUCGUCCUGAUGAACAAACACCGCAACUAAAAUGUUUAAAAGCUUUAGUUCCGAGUCGAUAGAAUUGUUAUAGGUCAUAAUAUACACAUGUUGCGACUGAGAAAUGAUAUCGCUACAAAAUUGCCAUGUACAAAAUUUCACUUCAAAUAUAACUAUUGCCAAAUUAUAACAGUGGCAAAUUUCAAAUCCAUUUAUUUAAUUUCGGUGGCAAAAAGCAGACGAAAUCGAAAUAAUACCAAACCGGAGAAAGAAAACCAACAACUCCAUGAAGUUAUAGGCCGAGAAAAAGGUGGACAAGAACCACAGAUAUCAUUUCAAAUUAAGAUAAAUUACGUAAAUAGUUGCAUGACGGUAUUACGCAACAACACAAAAAAACCCCAUAACAAACUUAGCAAAAUUGAACUUUCUGCUCAAGUUUUCUUUAAUGCUUUAUUCUCAGACGGAGAGUUAAUUCUUCCAUGAAUAGGUUUGUCAUUAAGAUAUAAUUGUAAAGAUAACAGUGGAGUUUGCGUAGCUAGAUCGCUUCAAGUUGAGUUUAGGGUGUCAUUAUAUACGCAAGUCACUAACCAUGAAAUCUUAUACAAUUAUUAGUCAGGAAUGAAAAGGAUGCUAAACUCCAAAUUCUUGAUAAUAGCAUUCUUCAGUUCAAUUUUUUCAAAGCCUUUAUUUAAUUCAGUCAGUUUUGGCAACGAGAAAAUAGGAGCAUAUGAAAGAAAAAAACGAAUCGGAAAAGAAAUGUUUCAAAAAGACAAUAUCGGCAAAGAUAUGUCAUUUUAUACAUGCAACAGCUUCUGUGUUUUCUUUACAGCUUGCAGCUGAAAGCAACAGCGCUGAAUGCGCUAAAAUUUUAUUGGAAGCAGGUGCAACAGCUGGAACAAGAGACGACAGUGGAAUGACAGCACUCACACUGAUGAUCACGAAAAUGCCGAGUGUGGUGGGUGGUAAAUGUUCUUUGCUGUCAAAAUGAUCCUCGUUGAAAAUCAUUCGAUACAUCACUGCUUCUUAACCGACGUAGACUCACAAUUUGGCAAGACCCGGGGAAUGUGCGAGAAGUUCGUUCUCGAGCAGUUUGUGUAACUUUAGCCUUCUCCUUUCACAAUUGGAAACGAGAGUAAAAGUACUUGAAGAAUUAAUGCACUAAUUCACGCGUCUAUUGUAAGAAUGUUUUGUUUGCGUAAAUGGAGGGCGGAUGCUUUCGCGGGCUUCAACUGUGACCAUGCAUUGAGUGCUAAUGAAACGCAGCUCGCUAUGGCUUAAUUAAUUUAAUCUGUUUACUCCUAAACCCUUUCUUUUCUUUUAAUUCAGGCACCAUUUCAUUUCAACACUUAAGCGCACUCUCAGAGGUGAUACAUUCCCCGUACAAGUAUUAAAUAAUAUAAGGCUAUUGCAUGAGUAAAGAAGUGAAAAGCCACCAACAAAAUGUAUCCCCGUUGCUUAGAGAAGAAAUAUUUCAGUUACUUACCGUGGAAGACGUCAGAAAACUCAACGACGGUGAAUUGGAACCACUUGACACAGCUUGACCUUGCUGGCGUUCAGUGCGUGGAACAAAUACUUAUCACGCAGGCAGUAUACUUCGUUAUUCUUAAACUUUUUUUUUCUUCCUAAUAUCAGGCGCUUCGAGCCUUGGAUCAGUUCCACGUCACAGACAGAUCUCAUCGCAAGCAACGAUAUUAUCUCAACUUCUUGGAACAAUGCGACCCAGAUACCAAACGUCAACCAGUCAACCUCUCACCCUUGCAAGCAGUCGUGGAAGUAAACUGCUUCGAGCUUAUCAUGCAUCCGAUUUUCCAAAGACUAAUUGAAGUCAAAUGGGGAUUCUUUGGUCUUGGGGCUUGGCUGGGGAUCUUUCUGAACGUCCUGCUUGCUGUGGCCUACACUGUACUCGGAGUGACGCAUCCUACCGACGUGGCUGAUUAUUAUUACCCACUCAGCAAAAAUGCAUGGAAGAUUCCCCUAGAGGCUGCCGUCGUGCUUUUAACGUUCAACGAAAUCAGAAAAGAGAUAAAAGAGUUUUACCAGUCUAAACGAGAAAAUACAAAGUUCGUAAGCUGGAGGAAGAAAGAAGUUAAACGCGAUUUGCAAUAUUGUCAUCCUCGAUGGACGCAAGAAAAAAACUUUAUCAAACAACAUGUGAAACAGAUCAAACACCGAAAGAAGACGUACUUCCAAGACAAGUGGAAUUAUUUGGAUUGGGUGGCGUAUCUAAUGCUGAUCAUUGUGAUCAUACUUCACAUCAUCAAUGUCGUCGUCGAAAACAAUCAGUAUAAUGGAUAUUUCACCCGGAUACAUGCCUGCACGAUUAUCAUCAUUUGGGUCCGCCUGCUGAAGUUUGCUAGACCCUUCCCAAGUCAGGGACCUUUUGUAGUCAUCCUGGACAACAUCCUAGUGGACACAAUCAGAUGGGGCUUUGUCAUAGCCCUGUUUUACAUCCCUUACGCAGCAGCUUUUUGGAUGUUGUUUGGCCCGGGAUCCAUGCGUGAGCCUGUGAAAGGAUACGACAACGUGGGACACUUAGCCUUCACUAUCAUCCGCUUCCCACUUGUGGAUAACUACAACUUCGACGACCUGGAAAAAGAGUACCCGGUCAUGUCGCGCAUACUCUGUGGUUCUUUCCUCAUUCUCGCUGCCAUCGUAUUAAUGAACUUGUACAUUGCGUUACUGUCGAACACGUUUCAACGUGUUUAUGACAACGCACGCGCGACGGCUGCAAUGCAGCGCGCGCGCCUUCUGCAAGAUAUUGAAUCGUCUGCCUCCGAACGUAGAGUGGAGCGAUACAGGGAUCAUAUCCGUAACAGAUGCAGCCCAGAGGGGAACGACUUCUUGGUAAUCAUAUCCGACGAAGAAGAACAAAACAGGAAACAAGUAGAGAAAAUCGCCUUAGUUCAUACCAUUGUUAGCGAUCGUCUGGGAGGGAAGAAGUUUGGAAAAGUACGAAAGAGCGAGUUUGACAUAGUGCUGGAAGAUGUCGACUCCUUGAAACGCUCUCAGAGUGAAAUGCAGAAAUCUGUUGAUCACCUUCAUCUUCGUUUGGAUGAGCUUGGAAGCCUCAAUGCCCUAAUCUAUGAAGAAAUUGCUAAAUUGAUGCAACACGGGAAAAAACAGAUCUCGGCGAUUAGUGAUGUUAACACCGAAGUUACCAACGUGAACACUAACAUGGAGUACAAGGUUGAGAGUCUUUCCAGAGGCAUCGACUCUGGAUUCGAAACUGUGGAAGCUGAGGCCAACCUGAGAAACAGUGUGCUAGAGGGCAACUUAGGCGCAAGAUUUGACCAGCUACAGACAGAACUCAUGGCAAUUAACUCCAAGUGCGAUGAACACGAAUCACAUAUCAAGCAGUAUGAAGAGAAUCUCAUGGCUAGAGUAGAACACCUGGAGGCGUUUGUUGUAAGUAUGGAGGACGACAAAAUCAAGGAGAAACCCAAAGGAAGAAAAACCAGUGCAAGACCUAAAUCCAGAGCGACCACCCCAAAACCAUUCCAAAUGAUUGAUGGCGACAGAGAAGUGGUCAAAGUGGCAGGAACGUCUCCAGGGAAAAGCGCACUCGAUGUGGAAACUGUCUCUGACCUGGUUAGUGCUAAUGGAGAUACCAUAGCUGAGAAGCAGAAAAAAAAAUCAGUCGUUAUGUCGGGUCAAGCCGCGAGAGACGAGUACGUGGCUCGACUAAAGGGAGCAUUGGCACCGAUUCCACCCUCAGAUUUGACUCCGCGUACAGAGGAUGGUGAGGCAAACAAAGGAUUGGAAAAAACUGACUUGGAAAGUGCUAAUGGAAACGCGAUAGCUGAGAAGCAGAAAAAAAAAUCAGUCAUUAUGUCAGGUCAAGCCGCAAGGGACGAGUAUGUGGCUCGACUCAAGGAACCAUUGGCACCUAUUCCAUCCCCAGAUUUAGCCCCGCCUACAGAGGAUAGUGAGGCAAACAAAACUGACUUAGAAAGUGCUACUGGAAAUGCAAUGGCUGAGAAGCAGAGAAAAAGAUCAAUCAAUAUGUCAGGUCAAGCCGCGAGAGACGAGUAUGUGGCUCGACUAAGAGGGAUAUUGGCACCGAUUUCACCCCCAAAUUUACCUCCGUGUGAAGAAGAGAGCGAGGCAGACAAAGCAUCAGACAAAACUGACUGA